GCACUAUCGCAACGUGAGUCGGCACAAAGGAGUACGUACGUUUCAAGAUCCUAGCGGUCUCCCAUCGCGGUUGAGUUCAUUCUGGCAGUUGAGAACCCUUCGGCGCAACAUUGUUAUUAGAAAAUUUUUUAAUAAUUCUGUACGUUCAUUAUUUACGAGUUUUUGUAUUUAUAAUAACGAAAAAUUGAAACUAGUCAACGACAAACUGGCAACUAUGAGUCCGGUUAAUAAAAAACCUUUUCGCCGGUUACCCACCGAUGUUGUACCUUAUCAUUAUGAAAUAUCGUUGACGCCCGAUCUCAAGAAUUUCAUUUUUGAGGGCAGUGAGGAUAUUCACAUUGACGUCAAAACAUCUACCGACACGAUCGUCAUAAAUUCUUUGGAAAUUGACAUCAAAUGUGUAACUUUUAAAAGUUCAGAAGAUGGCAAAGAAUUACCAGCAAACAAGAUUACCUUCUCUGUCAAUGAAGAGACUGUUACUCUUGUAUUUCCGGAAAAACUUCCUGUUGGCAGAGUUGGCAGGCUUAGCUUGGAUUUCGUUGGAAAGAUUGAUGACAAAAUGAAGGGAUUUUAUCGCAGCAAGUACACAGAUAUACAAACAGGAAAAAAGCGUUGGAACGGGGUAACGUUUCUCUGUCCGACAUCGGCACGUAGAUUUUUCCCAUGCUGGGAUGAACCGAGUUUGAAAGCGACAUUUAGCAUAGAACUCAUAGUUCCCGAUGAUCUGAUGGGUUUGAGCAACAUGCCCGUCGAGAGUACGAAAAAAACGGAUAACCACGAGAUUCUUAAGUUCCAACGUACACCGAUAAUGUCAACGUACCUAGUGGCCGUGGUAGUUGGUGAAUUCGACUACGUCGAGGACAAAACAUCGGACGGAGUGUUGGUACGAGUUUACACACCAAAAACGAAGGAGGAACAGGGACGUUUCGCGCUGGAGACGGCGAUCAAAGUGCUGCCGUAUUACAACGAAUAUUUCGGUCUCUCGUAUCCCCUGCCAAAAAUGGAUUUGAUAGCGAUAGCUGAUUUUUCAGCGGGUGCUAUGGAGAAUUGGGGUUUGGUAACAUAUCGAGAGACGUGUUUGUUGGUUGAUCCAGAGAACACAUCGGCGGUGCAGAAGCAGUGGAUAGCUUUGGUCGUGGCUCACGAGUUGGCGCACCAAUGGUUCGGUAACCUUGUAACGAUGGAAUGGUGGACGCAUCUUUGGUUGAACGAGGGCUAUGCAUCGUUCGUAGAAUAUUUAUGCGUCGAUCAUCUGUUCCCCGAGUACGAUAUAUGGACCCAAUUCGUCGCAGAUACUCACGCUCGAGCUUUGGAGCUGGACGGUUUGAAGAACAGCCAUCCGAUCGAAGUUCCAGUCGGGCAUCCUUCCGAGAUAGAUGAAAUUUUCGACGACAUAUCUUACAGAAAGGGCGCAAGUGUAAUAAGAAUGUUGCAUUCCUGGAUCGGUGACAACGAUUUCCGAAAAGGUAUGAACCUCUACCUGAAACGUCACAGUUACGCGAAUGCUGAGACCGAACAAUUGUGGGAUGCGCUUGAAGAAGCGAGUCAAAAGCCUGUACGAGCUGUUAUGACCACAUGGACGAAACAACAAGGCUUUCCCAUACUGAAAGUAGAUCUCAAACAAGACAACGGAAAUCGCGUAGUCUCGCUGAGUCAGAGUAGAUUUUUAUCCAACGGUUCGACCGAUACCGCUGACAGUUUAUGGAUGAUACCGAUUAGCGUGAGCAGCUCGAAGGCCCCAACGGAAAUAGUCGCCCAAACGGUUAUGAGCGAACGAGCAACAACACUUGUAAUUGAAAACGAGCCGGUAGGUUCGUGGAUUAAAGUAAACCCUGGUACCAUAGGAUUUUAUCGUACGCGAUACAGUCCCGAAGCGCUCGAGCUCAUCGUUCCCGCCAUUCGAGAACGAACGAUUCCGCCAUUGGAUAGAUUAGGAUUGCUCGAUGAUUUGUCAGCGAUGGUACAAGCGAACUUGGCCUCGACCGACGAAGUGUUGCGUUUCCUCGAAGCUUUCCAGUACGAGGACAAUUACACGGUUUGGUCCAGCAUCGCCAAUACUCUUGGUAAAAUUGGUAUUCUCGUUGGCGAUUUAGAGAUCGAAGAUCAGUUCAAAGCCUUUGGCCGAUGGUUGUUCAAAGAUGUCGCGGCAAGAAUCGGCUGGGAUCCGAAGCCCAACGAGAGCCAUCUCGACACGCUUUUGAGAUCACUCGUUCUCGGCAAAAUGGGAGCUUACGGCGACGAAGCGACGAUCGAAGAAGCCAGAAGGCGUUUCCAGCUCCAUCUCAAGGGGGAAAUCCUUUCAGCUGAUUUACGCUCACCCGUUUAUCGAGCUGUACUUUCCUCCGGCGAUCCAAGUAUUUACGAAGCUAUGAUCGACCUCUAUCGAAAAACUGAUCUCCACGAAGAAAAAGAUCGAAUUCUACGAGCUCUCGGUGCUAUCAGGGACGAACAUUUCUUGGCCAAAGUAUUAGAAUUCGGUAUGAGCGAUGAGGUCCGACCACAGGAUACCGUUUUCGCAUUUAUGUCCGUAGUUACCUGUCACAAAGGACGUAUAUUGGCCUGGGAUUUCUUUAAGAAAAAUUGGAGAACCCUCAUGUCCCGUUACGAGGGCGGUUGCUUGUUCACCAGUCUCGUCAAGUAUACAACAGAAAAUUUCGUCACCGAAGAAAAAGCCGCCAACGUAGAGGCCUUUUUCGAAACUCAUCCUACCCCUGGUACCGAAAGAGCUGUCCAACAAAGCGUCGAAACAAUAAGACUCAACGCUGCUUGGCUCAACAGGGAUAAAGAAGCUAUUGAAAAAUACCUUCUCUCAUGGCAAUCAAAUGCUCAAAACCUCGAUAACUCCUGUUCCAAAAGAGUGUAAAAUAACUUCGCUCUUCUCUUUCCCCACCAAUUUGCUUCUUACGUAUUAAUUGUGAUUAUUUUCGUUUCGGAGCGUAAAACUAGCCAUUUAUCGCGAUCCACGAUGAUCUUCGCAUUUCUCGACAAUGUGUCCGGGUUUUCAUGGGUACCGCCUUCGAAUUAAAGCGCACUCAGUCAUCCACAUCAUUCAUAUAUACUUAUACAAUACUACCAUAAGAAUUCAUUUAAAAUAUCAUUAUAUACCUGAUUUAAAAAAAAAAAACAAAGAAAAAAACAGAACGAAUUGAAAAAAAAAAUUGUGAAAAGAAGAUAAUUGUCCGAAUCGAUCAGAACUGGAAAUAUAUGCAGAUGAAGUUCCUUCUCAAAUGGGGUUUUGUAAAACGACGCUUCAAAUUUUAUCGUCUUACCAUUAAUUAUUGUAAAUCUUUGAGAUUUUGCGAGGAUAUAAAUUUUCAAAGAAA